CACCUUCCGCGUUCCAAACAAAAACGCGUUUCUCCGUCCCUCUCUCUCCAUAUAUACACCCUCGUCAUCUUCCACCAUUUUCUCAGAAAACACUACACAACUCAUAUUCAUCUGAAUCUCGACUACCAUUUUUGAUCGGAGAAGCUUCUGUUAACCUCGGUCACCUUUUUUGAUCGGAGAAGCUUUUGAGAAUCUCGGCCACCGUUUUUGAUCGGAACAGUUCUGUAAAUCUCGGCCACACUUUUUGAUCGGAGAAGUUUCUGAGAAUAUCGGCCGCCAUUUUUGAUCGGAGAAGCUUCAGUGAUAUGCUUCCAUACAAAUCUGUAGCUUUUCUGUUGAUCGUUCCUCUGUUUAUUCUCUCCACAUAUGCGAUUCGUUCAGUUCCUGGAACACCAAGCGAUUUUGCUCCAAAGAAUAAACUCCAUGGGAGUAAAACCUCAGGAUAUAUCGAAGCAGAAGAGUACAGAAAUGGCGAAAAAUGUGGAGAGUUAGAUACAAUCCAUAUAGCAAUGACUCUCGAUCUCAAAUACUUUAGAGGCUCCAUAGCAGCUGUUCAUUCGAUUCUCAAACACACUUCUUGUCCAGAAAACGUUUAUUUCCAUUUCAUCGCAUCGAAAUCGAAGAUUCCUAAACCGGAAGAUCUACAAACGAUCAUCAAAACCAUAUUUCCAUCUCUGGAGUUCAUCGUUUAUGGUUUCGAUGACAAUCUGGUUAAGAAUCUGAUCUCGAAUUCGAUUCGUGAAGCACUGGAAGAUCCAUUAAACUACGCUAGAAUAUACUUAGCUGACAUAAUCGAUACAAGUGUUUCACGAGUGAUUUAUCUCGAUUCUGAUAUCAUCGUUGUUGAUGAUAUACAGAAACUUUGGUCUAUUUCUCUAAGUGAAUCAACCACCAUUGGAGCUCCAGUUUACUGUCACGCAAAUUUCACCAAAUACUUCACAGAUAACUUCUGGAACAAUCCUGAUCAUUCUAGAGUGUUCCAAGGGAAGAAGGCUUGUUAUUUCAACACAGGAGUAAUGGUGAUGGAUUUGGUGAAAUGGAGAAAAGGAGAUUAUAGGAAUAGAAUUGAGAAAUGGAUGGAGAUUCAAAAGGAGGAAAGGAUUUACGAAUUGGGUUCACUUCCGCCAUUUUUGUUGGUUUUUGGUGGUGAAGUCACGGCUAUCGAUCAUCGAUGGAACCAGCAUGGGCUCGGCGGGAACAACGUGGUUCAUAGUUGCAGGUCUCUGCACCCUGGUCCGAUCAGUUUGUUGCAUUGGAGCGGGAAGGGGAAGCCAUGGGUGCGACUAGAUGGAGGUAAGCCAUGUCCAGUUGAUUAUCUAUGGGCACCUUAUGAUCUCUUUAGACACUUUAGAGAAGAGUUGAGAUGAUGAGGGCAAAAGGGUUUGUACCUUUUUUUUUGCCUAAUUUUUGUGAUUUGAUUCAUUCUUUUUUGUAUAUUAUGUUGUUUCUAUUUUGAUUCUUUUGUAUAUCUAUACAUGAAUAUGAGAAAUAAAAGCAAUAUUGUGGCUCAA